GGCCCGGCAGCCGGGUGGUGAGGGAGAACGGGGUGGGGAUCGCGAGCCAGGCUGCGGGAGAGAUCAUAGAGAAGCCCAAACCUCCGAAGUUCCUAUACAAACCGGAAGUAGAGUCCCAGGGACCGAGAUCCUAGGAGACUCGUCCAGGUGUGUACAUGUGUGCACGUGUCUGCUCGCGUUCCGGUGCGUUUCCCGCUACUCUCCAGAGAAGAGCCGGCCGUUUUCCGGCUCGGGGUGAAGAUUCCGGGCUCCCGAGUGGAUUGUAGAGAGGCUGGGGAGUGUGGAGGCGACCCUCUGCUUUCCUUGUCUAGCCCUGGCUGCCAGGUGCGCCCUCACCCCCGGGAGACCUCCAGAAGAUCCAGGAAUUGGGCUUAGUAUUACCUGUCACCGCAGAGCGACCGCUUCCACCGGCCUUACUCCUGAACCGUGGGAACUGAACAAGCGGCACAUCGGCCCGGCAGAGUUACCGGGAGAUGCUGGGCACGCGGGCGGAGGCGGGUCGCGGCCGAGCUCUCAGGGGGGCGAGACCUCUGGGAGACGCCGGAAGCUGGCCGCGCGCCUGAGCUUCGGAUUCCGGAGUCGCGGUCCUGCGCUCCUGCCGGGGUGCCCUCAAAAACCUCCAGUUGAAAUUCUAGCAGAAGGUAUGAUGGCUGUGGACACAAGAAAGUCUGCUGGCCAGCCAUUCCAAGCCCCAUGGGGUCAGCAAGGGCCUGUGAUGGUGAAAGUGGAGUUGGAGGAGGACCACCCCAGAAAUCAGGGUCUCAGCCUUCCAAAGAACCAGCCUCCCACCUGGAAGAUCUUCAGGCAGCAGUUUAGACACUUCUGCUACCAGGAUUCCCCUGGAUCCAUCUGGCCCUGAGCCAGCUCCGGGAUCUCUGCCAUCAGUGUCUCAGGCCAGAGAUGCACACCAAGGAACAGAUCCUGGAGCUGCUGGUGUUGGAGCAAUUCCAUCCUGCCCCAGGAGCUCCAGUCCCAGGUGUGGGAACAUCAUCCAGAGAGCGGGGAGGAGGCAAUGACCAUGCUGGAAAAUCUGGCAAGAAAGAGAAAUGUCCACAUAGGAGGAGACUAGUCUGAUGUUGUUGCGGGGAAUCUACGAGCAAAACUUUCUCAAGUGUGGAGGCUGUGAGAGAAUAGUGGGGAAACCCAGCAUUCAGCAGGGAACUGAGCUUCUUGCUAAGCAAGUCCUGUAAGGAGGGGAAAGGUGAGAAAUAGCAGAUUCAGGGAUAGUGAGUAAAGAUACUGAAGGCAUUUUAUAAGCAUCAUGGUCCUUACUUUAUAGGUCACUCAACAUUCACAGCAACAAAGUAGGUGGUAUCACACAUGGAACUUAAGUUCACAGCAAGGACACAUAACCAGUUUCAGCCUGUGCUCUGGAAUGGAAAAUCCUUUUGCAGACAAUGACCCUUCAGACACUAGAUGAAGACUCUUCAUGUACCUGGGUUCAGCCUCCAGCAAUCUAGUUCAAGGGUGAAGGACCUGAGCCCCAGUCAUCAGAGGAAAGAGGAAGCAUACGGGGGAAUGAGACACAGAAAGGAGAAAAGCAAAUAAAAUGGUGGUGUGAGGACUGAGAACUUGACAUUUGACAUGAAGCAGGAACCUUGGGAAGGAACAGAACCAUAUAGGGAGGGGUCUGGUGGACAUCAUGAAACUGUGUCUCAGCAUGUCAAAUAUAGAGGAGACCAUGAGCCUAGUGGAAGUUUUGAAAUGCAGGAUGGGGAUGCCACAGGUGAAAAAACAUAUGAAUGUGAUGAAUGUAAAAAAACCUUCACCUGGAUAAGAGGCCUUCAGAUGCAUAGGAGGAGCCACUCUGGGGUGAAACUGUACCUGGAUACAGAAUGUGCAAAGGCUUUCAUCAGACAUGCAGAACUUACACAGCAUCAGGGGCUUCGUAGCAAGGAAGAGCCUUAUAAGUGUAAAAGGUGUGGCAAAGACUUCAGUCAGAAAGCAGGCCUUUUCCAACAUCUCAGAAUCCACACUGGAGAAAAGUCCCAUCAAUGUAAUAAAUGUGGCAGAUGUUUUAGUCAGAGGUAGGUCCUUACAAAGCAUCAGAGUCUCCAGGCUGGAAGGGAACCGUUUGAAUGUGUAUACUGUGGGAAAGCCUUCUGCCGCAGUGCAGACCUCGCUGCACACAAGCAGUUCCACAGCAAAGAGAAACCUUAUGAAUGUGAUGAAUGUGGGAAAACCUUCAGGCAGCGUUCAAAUCUUACCGAGCAUCAGCGAAUUCACAGUAAAGAAAAACUAUGAAUGUAAAGUAUGUGGGAAAGCCUUCACUCAGUAUGCAGGCCUUAACCAACACCGGAGAAUCCACACUGGAGAGAAACCUUUUGAAUGUCCUGUAUGUGGACAAGCCUUUAGCCGCAGCUCAGAACUUAUAAUACAUCACAGAAUUCACUCAGGGGAAAAGCCCUAUGAAUGUGUGGAGUGUGGAAAAACCUUCAGAGUGAACUCAACCCUGAUCAUACAUCAGACAAGCCACACUGAGGAGAAGCCCUAUAAAUGUGAAGAGUGUGGUGAUGCCUUCAGUCAGCACUCAGGCCUUAAUAAACACAAGUUAGGAGGGAAGCACGGGAACCCUCCCAAACCAAAAAAGUAUACGUGUGAUGAGUGUGGGAAGACCUUUACUCAGGUAACUGGCCUGAGGAACCACAGAAGAAUCCACACUGGGGAUAAGACCUACCAGUGUCCUGAGUGUGGCAAGGCCUUCAUGAAGGGAGAGCAUCUCAUUGAACAUCAGGGGAUUCACAACAAGGAGAAGCCUUACCAAUGUAAAGAGUGUGGCAAAGCCUUCAGUCAGAAGACAGGUCUUAGUCAUCAUCUUAAAAUCCACACAGGAGAGAAACCUUUUGAAUGUUCUGAAUGUGGGCAAGCCUUCAGCUGUAAGUCAAAUCUCAAUAAGCAUAAGAGAGUCCACUCUGAGGAAAAAUCCUAUAAAUGUGAAGAGUGUGGGAAGGCCUACAGGCAGAGAGCCACGCUGAUCCAGCAUCAGAGAGGCCACGUUGUGCCAGGCCCCAGCAGCAGGGGGAAUGAGGUGGAGCCCACAGUGGAAGCUCAGCCCUGAUGAAGCACCAGAGAAUCCACUAAAAUGACUCCUUGCCCAGAUGUUUGGUGACAACUUCAAGUAGAAUCCAGAAUUCUUUUCUUAACUGAGAUAAAAUGUUCUGUGAACUUCAUUAUUUAAAGAACAUCAGAGAUACCACAUUGAAAAGUUGUGACGAAGAUCAUGUAUGCUGGAAAAGUUGAGAAUGUAAAAAUAAA